AAAUGGAACCAGAAUUAUCUCGACUGUCGACUUUAAUGCAGCAGGACAGACGUCGACUGUCGCUGAUGACUGAGCAGGCUGCUCGACAGUCGGUGAUUUUCCAGCAGCCCAGGGGGUCCGUCGCGUCCCGGGGAGUAUCGCCAUCCUCGGACUCGCUAACCGAGAUGCAGAGGAGAAAGAUGUCUGUCAAGUCCCUCCGAAGGAAGUCUAUUAAUCCCCGUCUAGAUCCGCCACCCGGUUUGGAGGGACUUACUGAUAAGGGCUUCAUUUAUAUAAGGCAACAGAUGGAGUCCGACUUAAGAGGAGGUUGUGGGGCAACAAACACAUACAAGAUCUGGAACGAAAGAGAGGAGGAAUUAUUCUACGUACUGGAAGACGCCAGUUGUAUUUGUCGCUGGUUUUGUGGUCCAAAUCGACAAUUUCGACUGGAUUUCUUCACACCUCAGGACGACCUCGUUUUCACUCUGUACCGGAAGUCCUGUCGAUGUGACUGGUGCUGCUGCUUGGACUGUGUUUUGUGUAACCACAAAGUUUAUGUCGUAGACUGCCUUAACAGAACACUGGGAUCCAUUAAACAGAAAUUUGGAGUUUGUCAGGGAAAUUUUGAAGUUCUGGACAAUGAUGGUGAAACCGUCGCCAAAAUAUUUGGACCUUGCUGUAUCUUUCGAUGCUGUACAGAGAUUACUUUCGAGAUUUGGGAUAAGAUAGGAGAGGAAAAAUUAGGAUCUAUAAACAAGAAAUGGGAAGGCGAACAAGAAGACGGAGUCAACGUAGACCACGAGUACUUUGAUAUUAAUUUUCCAGAAAAAAUGGAUCCCAUAGAGAAAAUGUUAAUUAUUGGUGGUGCAUUUCUUAUCGAUUACAUGUACUUUGAAAUGUCAUAACUAAAUGGGGAGGCUAUCUACAGUCCCCGCGUGGAAGUAUACACACCGACAAUAGUAUAGUAGUUCAUUUAGUGUGGAGAGAGAGAGAGUAGACCUUUCUAAAUGGCUGUAAUAAAUACAGUGUUAUGAAUUUGAAAGUUGAAUUUAUUUGAAAUUAAAGUAGAUCAUUGCAUAAAAAAUCAAAAUUUAUAUUUCUUUUAGUUUGUGUAACACGUUUGUGUCAGACUUUUAAU